UCCUCCUCCUCCAUGUUGUGAAGGAGUCUGUUCACCUGGAGACCAGCUGAGGAGCAGAUGGAGCCUCUCCUUGGCAAGUGUUUUUUCUUUCUGUGCGCUCUCACUGCCGCGUGGUUCGCUAUGUGAGAACGGGUUCUUAGUGGGACAUGGAGGAGGUGGACGGCUCCUGGGCUCAGCCUGGGGCGCCUCUGUGGGCCUCGACUAAUGAGAGCUGGACAGAACCAGCAGAACCUGUGGAGUCCCAGCAGACACAGCUGGUUCUGAAGCUCCUGGUGGUGCUGAUGUGUCUGGGCGCUGUGACAGGUACAGAAUCCGCCGUUGUACUUUGAAUGAAGAGCUGGUAGUGAAAUCUUCAUGAUAUAUAUAAAAAAAGAUGUGGUGUGAUUUAACUUUAAUAUAUAUGUUCUGUCUGCUUCGUUGUGUACUUCAUUUACAUAGGUAACAUUCUUGUCAUUGUAAUUGUGGCUGCCACCAAGACUCUCCACUCUGUGACAUCAGUGCUGAUAAUGAACCUGGCCAUCAGUGACCUCCUGGUGGGCGUCGGAGUUAUGCCCUUUGUUGCAUCGUCCCUCAUGAACCGUGGAUGGGUGAACUCUACUGACCUCUGUCUGUACGUGGGUUACACCUCUUCUGUGCACUGCACAGCUUCUGUCCUGACUUUAGCGGCAAUUGCCUUCGAUCGUUACCAGUCCAUCAUGGACUGUCUGCGUUACAGCUCCCGCUGCACCCUGAGGAGGACCAGCGUGGUGGUUCUGUGGAUCUGGCUGCAGGCUCUCAUCACUAGUUGCCCUCCUCUGCUGGGCUGGAGCUCUGUGACCUACGUGGUGCCUAUGUAUAACUGUGCAAUCAACUGGGCCAGCAGCUCCAGCUACACAGCUCUGAUGGUCACUCUCUCCUACCUCAUCCCUGCACUGGUCAUCCUCUUCUGCUACGUCAACAUCAUGAAGGUGGCACGCAGCCACGCCAGGAGGAUUCAUACCCUGGAGGACUCUGUCCAGCGAAGCAGAGAUCCCUGUGUUUCAGCUCAGCAACACUGUCAGAGACUCAACGGUCCCUCCCAGCUAGUCUACCACGUAAGUGGACAGUUUGUGUCUGACAUCAGUCAGAUACCAGCACAGAACCAGCCCACAUCCAGACAUCUAGUCUCCUUCCUGGCCCACGGUACAUCCCAGCCACCCCCACAGAACAACCAGCAGCACCACAACCACCACGGUGUGGUGCGGCUCCUCCUGGUCAUCAUGGCCUUCUUCGUGUGCUGGACUCCUUACAUAGGCGUAGCCCUUAUUAGUGCCUCAGAAAGUGCAGUUUCAGGCCAGUCCAGCCUGGUUCCCCCCUACGCUGUUACUUUAUCAUACUGGCUGAUGCUGCUGAACUCAGACAUCAACCCUUUCCUGUAUGCUCUGCUCAGCAAGCGUUUCCAAGCUCCUCUGCAGGCUCUGAGGCAGAAAAUAAGAGCACAGCUGAGGAGAGCAAUGGGCAGGGCCGAGGAGGUCAUGGCCGAUGGUGAUGAAGGAAGGGUGAGUGACCUCUGCACCUCCAACACCACUCAUUCUACUUCACCUUGCAGCUCUGAGAGUGCAAAAUGUGACGUUUGUAAAUAUUCAACCUCCGUUUACACUGUCAGCACGGACCUCAACCAGCUGUCUGGAAACCACGUAUGCAAUGUGUGUCAUGCUGCAUAUGCAUCCUCAUCAUCCGUGUGGUCAGACCCCGGUGGUGACAGAACUGCCUGCUUGCAGGUCCCCUCUCUGCCACAGGAGGGCAACAGACUCCCCUUUUCCGCUCUGACCAGUGAGCGCCAGGCCACUUUCUUCUACGGCCAAAUAACAGUAAUAGUCGAACAUGAUGUUUGUUAAUAACUGAGAGCAGUUAGUUAUCCUCACUGUUUGUGUACGUUUGCUUUUGUUGAAUGGUUUACCACUAAUUUUUUAAUAUAAAAUUAAAACAACAAUCCCAUCAAAACACCCUGAAGCUUUAAGGCUAAUUGUUUCUGUUGCAUAUUCUUGGAUGGAAAUAAAACCCCAAAUACAUAAGUAAAAUGUACAACAACAAUGACAUACCUGGUUUAAAUAAAUAAAUAAAUGUGAACGCUUAUGGAAAGCACUAAACAUGGAAAUGGACUGUAUUGAAAAGAUGUUCCUCAGCAGACUGCAGAGAGAAGCCACCAUUUAUUCACACUCUCAAUAUACUUUCCUUAAAUCAUAUGCUGCAGUUCAGUGUAAAAAUCUUCAUUCCUUACAAAGGUUUACAUUUAUAACUAUCGAUAAUUCCAGAGGAAUACAGUAUUAUUAUUUAUUGUCAUAGGAAAU